UUCGCUUUCCUCUCCCUUCCCUUUGUUUUCGGGUGGGCGUUGGGAAGAAAACACCCCAAAGCAAUGUACUUUUGCGUCGAACUUCACACUUUGUAUUGUUUCAUUUCCCGACUUUGCCUUUUAUUGAAAUUUCGUUGUGUUUUUGGGUCCCAGCCUCCCCAUGUGCAGCCGGGGGGAGGGAAGGGUAGGAGCAAAAAGAGAGAGAGAAAAGGCCCCUCCUCCAUCCCAGACUGGAAACAAGGAAAGAAAGAAAGAGAAACCCUCCCGCGUGGAGCCAGCAAACUGCCCCCCACCCUGGCUUGAACCAGGACAAGUCUGCCAGCAGCUCCACCAUGUCAGACAGUGACUUUGGAGAAGACGAUGGGAAUAUAUCUCAGGAUCCAUUGCAAUCUGGUAAGAGGAAACGAAGGGGCAAUCUCCCAAAGGAGUCAGUGAAGAUUCUCCGAGAGUGGCUGUAUGAACACAGAUUCAAUGCGUAUCCCUCUGAGCAAGAAAAACUCAGUCUUUCUGGACAGACAAGCCUCUCUGUUCUCCAGAUAUGCAACUGGUUCAUCAACGCCAGGCGCAGACUUCUACCUGAUAUGCUGCUUAAGGAUGGCAAGGACCCAAACCAGUUCACCAUCUCUCGCCGAGGCACCAAGGCUGGUGACAUAACACUAACCCGCGGAGCUGCCACAGGGUCUGGACUCUUGAUGGUGCCACCUCCUUCUACUGGUGCUGCCUCUAAGGUGCUGUCCAUGUCGAUGUGUCCUCCAAUGAUCUGCCACACUGGGCGGCCUGUGGUGGGUAACUUGAGCUCAAUUGCAAGUGAGCAGGAACAUCGGCCCACCUUCCAUCAGGUUGAGCUGGAAUCUCAGGCCAAACAGCCUCCUCUGAGUGCAACGGGCAACACUUUGGCUCUUCUGACCAGGGCAGAUGCUGCCAGUCCUACGAGUGGACUCUUUAAUACGCCCCCUCCAACACCGCCUGAGCUCUUUGGAGAGGACUUCAGCAGCUUUCAGUUGCUGGUGGAAGUAGCCCUGCAAAGGGCUGCAGAGCUUGACUCGCAGAGGCUGAAUGGGCAGCUACCUCCGUCACUGCAGAGAGAAGGUCCCACUCCUGCUCUUUCCAGAAAAGCCAACUAGCUUUGUUUGAUCCUGGAGCCUCGUGUUUCCUCUUGGAGUCUUUCAUUUCCUUUCUUGCUUUCCAGGACUUGUAUUCUAUUGGCCUCUGUGGCCAGGUGGUCCUCUCCUGGCCAGCCAUUACCAUUGUAAAGUAGUUUCCUUUCAACUACGAAUAGAACAGGUCAGUGCCUUUGUGGUUUUCAUAUGGCUCUGUGCUGCUCAUCUCAAAAGUGAGCCACACGACCUUGAUAUAAAAGAAGUACAUGCACGCACGCAUAUGUGUGCAUCCUUAAAACAGGUCAUACCACAUUGUGCUUUGGGUUGGCAUCAGCCUUUGGAUCUGGCCUUCAUUCUCCCUUCUGGAGCCACAUGGAGGAUGCGGUCUGUCCAGAGAUGCCAGAAUCGGUACAUGGGAAGACAGCUGACUCUUGACAGGCCCCCAAAAUCUUAUUUCCUCUAAGAGAACAUUAUUGCUGGUCGAUACCUUUAUUACCGUAACUGUAUUUGUUGUGGCAGAAUUGAGUGGAAGCUCUGUCUGCUUCCUCCGCCUCUCCCUCAUACAAUUUUCAAAGCCUGCUGACUGUAAAUGGAAGAGAAAGAGUAAAAGGGUCCAAAAUACAGUGGAAGAGGAUGAGCAAAGACAAGUACUGCUGUUUUCCCUUUCUUUUUGAGUAAUCCAAGAAAGAAAGGGGACACAAUUCCACCCUUUCUCAGAACUUUCUAAUGUGUGUCCUUUUGUAGAAGAUGAACUCAUGGUCUGUGUGCCUGUGUAUGUGUGUGUUUUUUAAAGAGUUUGUUGUCCUUUUUUUGUUUUUUUUACUGUAGCUUUUCUUACCAUAGUUUUGUUCUAGUGUGAAUCAGUGGCUGGCCCUCGACUCACACCUACUGGAAAUCCCAUGUCAAAUAGAUUAACUGGAAACAUCAACUGUUCUUCUUUCCCCAGAGGGGCUGAGUGGGGUAGACCACCACCACCCUGCAGAUACUGGUGCCAGUAAAAACCCACAAAAAGCAAAAACAUUUGGUGCUGUUGUACAGUUUUUAUUACUGUUUUUUAUUGGUAGAAAAUUUUGACUGGUUUUGGUGUCUCUACCCAUCUUUGUGCCUACCCUUCCCUGUAUUUCCCAUCUGAAAUUCUGAUCAUAGAACAGGGGCGAGAACCUGGGCUGGUAGAACACUAACUGAAAUCAGCAAAAGGGCAUUUUGGAGGUGGUGGGUAUAAGAAACUAAACAAAGGACUCUUGACUGUGAAGUUGCUUUAAACAACCCUUUAUUUUUGUUAGAAUUUUGAUUGUGAAUAGUAAGUCCCUGUGUCUCUGAAAAAUCUUGCAGUAGCUAUGAGGAUGUGCUGAUAAAACUACCUAUACAAACACACAUCCUGACUUCAGAGGGGUUUUUUUUCCUUUUGAGUGUGAGUCUGUUUGUGUAUCCUUGCAUUCAUCAUGCUGAAUGUAGUUACUCCAUUGCUGAUGGAGCAAGGGUGCCCACUCGUGGCCAGGAGGGAAAAUCAAAUAGCAGGAUCUUCUGUGAUGAACUGCUGUCUUUCCUUUGGGCUACAAUUACAUACUAUCUUGACAUCAUCCCGUUUGUUUUAAUAUUUCCCAUGUGUCUGCAGCUUUGAUUGAAGUUUAGAUUCAGCAGUAUCCUGUAUUAGAAAAAUCUGUGCAUUAGAAAAAAGGGUGUAUGCCUUGGAUUUAGGUAGAGAGAAAUUGGGGGUUGCGUCUUGAUCUGAGAGGAUGUGCAUCUUUCAUUGACUUAUACUUGCACCUCUGUUCGUCUUGAUAUCAGGAGCUUGUGAAACAUGAAGUAAGAUGAACAUCCAUGUCUUUUUAUAGUGCUGUUUCACUGUAAAUGUAAGUCAAAUAGUGAUCUAUUAUAUACACCUAUAUUAUCUAUUUUGAGAAAACACUAAUUUUAGAGGUUGUUAGCCUAAUUAUUACGUUGCAUGAAUAGUAAAAAGAUAAAAGGCCAGCAGAAUGCAACUUUCAGACUUUUUUGAACCUGACAUUGGGAGAGACCUCAUGAGGACGGCAAGCAGCAUAUGCAUGUUGGAGAACUGGAACCAGAAGGAUGGAGCUGACUACUGGGAUGGGAACCUCAGAUAUGUACUAUUCCCAUCAUGCUUCACCACUGGCCAGGGCCAAUGGGACUUAAACACUAUCAGUAGGGCUAUUGGCUUCCCAGCCAUGACCACCUACUACAAUUACAUACUUUGAGUGCCUUUUCUUUUGUACCCUCCAAUAAAUUAUGGACUUGGGCUAAAGAAUGGUGCAAUCUGUUACUGCUGCCUACAAAUAAUUAUCCAUUCUCUUUUUUAUGCCUUCCUUCCAUAGCCAGUCUAAUACUUCUUAUGGGAUGUUGUUUGCUGUGCCAAGAGAGUGUCCUUUUAGAUGAUAAAUUGCUCUUCUAGAAAUGUAGUACAAAUACUUCAGUGCUGCCUUGGAAAGCAUCCUGAUAUUUUUGUUUAAACGUGGUGGGCAAAUUUUAUUUUCUUGUAAACAACCAUGUGUUGUGGUUCCAUUUGUUGUCCCAUCAUUGGUUAUGGUAAAAGAAAUUAACAUGUCUUUCUUAAUCUUAAGUCUGAACAGCAUGCCUCUAAUUCCUAGAGUGCACUGCCCUAUUAAGUUAUUUUCUCAAAUGGGUGCAAAAUACGUGAAGGUGGUACAUAGUAGCCCUGCCUCCUCUAUUACCUUCUACAUAAUGAGACUACUUUUCAAAGGGGAAAGCCUCUAUUUUCUCUGGAUAUUCUCCAUAAUGCUGUCAUUUUAGAGGGCUCCAAACCACAUGGGGGCCUUUGCUAAUAAGAGGUUUCUCUUUGUAAAUGGAGGUGGUUUAUCCUUUCCUUGUCACAGUGCAUAUGCUAUACUAUUUAGAGAACGCCUGGGGGUAGGACUUCUAGCCUGCUAGUUUCAGGUUAUCUGGAUUUAUGUAUUGUUUUAGUCUUCCAUUGAAAUUGGUAGGACCUUCCUAAGCAGUAGCAGAGGUCCAGGUCUGGUUGCAGAUCUACUUUACACUUGCUUUUGACUACUUCCUCCCUAUGUGAAGUCCCUACUGAAUACAGGGAACACGGAUCGAUCUCACCUCCACUUAAGGCAGCAGAAACUUCCUUUCUUAGCACUGUCGGAGGAGCCAAAGCAAAAUUCAAAUUAUGCAGAGUAAAAAGGAAGUAAAAAGUUCCAGUUCCCACAAUACCCUGUUCAUUUUUAUGCCGGGGCUAGACUGCUGUAACUUGUUUGUCCAGAUGAUGUGGAAAUCUUGUUUUAGAUGGGAAGUUUAAUAAAAGAGAAUAUUCUUUUGCCCGAAAUUUGUGAAGCAAAAACUACUGUAAAUAACAUUUGGAUUUUUUUAAUCAAUAAAGUUUUUUAAAAAUACAUAA